CGUUCAGCUGCUCGCUCUGCUCUUCAUCUCCACGGCGACUCUCGAGCCGCUGCAGAAGAGGAAGAAGAAGGAGGAAGAGGAGGAGGAAGAUGGGAGAAUGGUUGGACAGAAAGGGAAGGAGGGGACGGAGUGUAAGUAUGACCGGAUGUUCAGGAGGGGAGACCUGCUGGAAGUUUCUCGGACUCUGUUCACACACUUCGGGAUUUACCUGGGUGGGGGCAGAGUAGCUCACUUCAUCCCGGACAUCCUGCCCGUCGUUUCCAGCAACCAGGUCCGAAUCAAACAGAUGGUCACCAACACCAGACUCAUACUGGGAGUAAUCGCCAAGUGCGGCAGUGUGAGGGUGGACUCGGUGGAGGACUUCGCCUACGGAGCGGAGAUCCUGGUCAACCCCAUGGACAAGAUGUGCAGCUGUGUGGCGCUGCAGGGGGAAGAAGUGGCCCAGAGGGCAGAGAGGCUGCUGGGAGACAUGGCCUACAGCCUGCUGUGGUACAACUGCGAACACUUUGUCAUGUACUGCCGAUACGGCACCGUCAUGAGCUUCCAGACCUUCCAGUUCUGUAAAACAGUCAGGAAGCUGCUGCUGAGUCGGCGCGUUGCCAAGGUGACGGCGAUGCUGGCGAUGUGUUUGCUGGCGUACCUGCGAGCUGUGAGCACCUGGUCUGUCCUGCUGGCCGUCCUGCUGCCGUUCCUCAUCUGGAUGGCCUCCUGAACAGAUUCACACUGCAACAAACACCUAAAUUAUCAAAAGUGGAGAGUCUUAUCUUUUUUUCUAAUUAGUGAUUCAUGAAGAGGAAUUGAUAAAAGAAAACCUCAG